AAUACGGUCACGGGCGUCACACGCUGAUUCCGCAACCGUAUCGUUGCCACCGACAUCCACGACAACGCCAGUAUCCAGGCUGUGCCUCCUUUGCCGGGCAAUAAAAACUGGUUCAGUUUGCAGUUCAGUAUGGCUGAAACUGUAGCUGGCCUACCUUCCGACCCAAACGACAUGACUGUGACCGACUCUUCCAAAUGCCCAGAGCUCUCCUUCAAUCUCCCAAAUUGACGCAGAAAUACUCCAGCAUGAAGAGGCAGUCAGGGAACUCAAAUCACGACGAAAUGCUCUCUCACCAAUCUCCAAACUUCCCCCCGAAAUGCUCUCCAGAAUCUUUCUCUUCGUCUCCUACCCUCAUGAAUCCUACAAUUCACUUCUGUGGAUCAAUGUUUCCCAUGUCUCACGACACUGGCGCGCCACUGCGCUCGGUUUUCCAGCUUUGUGGAGUUCGCCCCCCUUCAAGACCCCUGCCUGGGCUCAUGAAAUGCUCAAGAGAUCAAAGAUGGCCCCUCUAACCAUCGUUGCCGAUCUUACCUACAUGUCCCCCAAAAUCCUCUCAGUGUUCGACGACGCCAUGAAGCAGGUCGACCGUGCUGCCGAACUCAACCUUACCGGUGAUAAAACCAUGGAGAAAUACCUCACUGACUUAACAAAGCGGGCGCCUUUCCUCAGAAAGCUUUGUAUUUCUCAAUUUUAUGCUGGCUACCGUGAAGUUGAAGAAAAGAUAGUCCUUCCCGAUAAUUUCUUGGACGGCCAAGCCCCCCGGUUGCGCCACCUCAACCUUAAUCGGUGUCAAGUGCACUGGGAUUCCACCCUGAUGCAAAAUCUCACAUACCUCAGGAUAGUGGAACCAGGUGACUUCAGACCUACCAUUUCUCAGCUUGUCGACGUGCUCAAACAGAUGCCUUGGCUUGAAACACUUGAUUUAGAUCAUGCGUUGCCCAUCGUUUCGGAAUGCACCAAGACUCUGCCUCGUCCCUCGCACGUUAUAUCCUUGCCUCACUUAUCACUGAUCCGCCUCACAUCUAACGUUCUUGAAACCGCUAAUGUUCUGAACCACAUCGACUUUCCCUCCACGGCCACCAUGCGGCUCAUCCUACACGGUACCAAAGGGACGGGGACAGAUUUCUCUUCCCUUGUACCAACGCUCUCUAAAUCACGGACAUUCGCCGGCGGCUCUUCCGACAAGGCCCUCAAAAGUGCACCUUUCAAGACGCUGUCAUUAACAAGCCCAUUUCAAACCGACAUCCGCUUCUCUGCCUUUACCACCGUCAAUCCCUCCACUAGUCGCGUAGAUUAUGCUAUCCCGGCCCUCGAACUGCACCUGUCAUGGCGACUUGACUCUUCUGGCACCAAAGAGCAAGUCGCACAGACAAUUUGCCGAGCUUUACCCCUUGCCCAACUUCGAGUCCUCCGGGUCUUUGACCCCGAUUGCGAUUUCAAACAUAUGACAUGGGUAGACCUGUUUGGCUCUUUACCGAAGUUGCAGAAAAUAGAGUUUUCAGGCGCUACAAAGACCUUCGCCGAAGCGCUAGGCGAGAUCAAGCCCCCAGCACCUGUUGAUGCAGAUCAGGGCUACAAUCUGCGGAGGAAGAAGCAGACGCCUGAUAGCGUUUACUUUCCCCGCCUUCGCAGUCUUAUCCUCACGGGGACGGACUUCUCAGAUUUUUCCGACGUGCUGUUAGACGCGUUGAUGGUGCGAGCAGAGUGUGGGACAGAGGUACAGGCGCUGACGCUGUCAGAUUGUUCUCAUUUGUACGAUGAGGAUGUAGAGCUCCUGGAAGAAGUUGUUGUGGAGGUUGCGUGGGAUGGUCACGUGCUGGAUAGCGAGAUGUAUGACAGUGACUAUGAUGGAUACUCGGAUUCGCUUUAUGAUGAUGAGUAUGGACAUGGCAUCUUCCCAUUUUUUCAUUUCCAUGAAGAUGAUGAUUGGUACCAACCGUUUUGAAUACUUUUGUAGAAUCUAUGCUGACUUUCUGCAGGUAUCUCAAUCAUUGGUGACUUGAAGGACUGUUAUCUUUCCCUCUGCUUGUAUAUAAAUUUGAAAUGUACAUUUGCUUAUUCUCCGUCAGCUACCUCGCUUCAAAGGUCCAUUUUAUGGA